AAGCAUGGGUUCACUCCAAACAGUUACCAGGACAGUUCACAGGCAGUACUGAUGCCAGGAUUCUUUCACCUGAAGAGCUUAGUGGACCGUAUCAAGCCUGGGCAAGGAAGGACCAGUUAUCUAAAGCAACUCCUGUGAAAGAAGGGAUUGGAAUGCACCUUCUUAAAAAGAUGGGCUGGAAUCCUGGAGAAGGGCUUGGGAAAAACAAGGAAGGCUCAUUGGAGCCUUUAUUAUUAAAUGUUAAGACUGAUAAAAAAGGGCUAGUGGCAGGAAGUGAGAUGAAAAAAAAGCCAAUUUUUACUGCUAUUGCUAAAGACUUUUCAGGUAAACAUCCUGUAUCAGCCAUAAUGGAACUUUGUACAAAGAGACGUUGGGAUCCUCCUCAGUUCAGUCUAGUUGAUGAAAAUGGACCUUCCCACAAAAAGACAUUUCUGUUUAAAGUUCGAGUGAAUGGUAUAGAGUACCAGCCUGCUGUUUCUAGCCCAAGUAAAAAACAAGCAAAAGCUGUAACAGCUACUGUUUGUCUGCAGGCUUUGGGAAUUCUUCCUCGAGAUUUGGACAACUCCUUGUAGUUCUGUGUUGAAACACUCUUUUUAUCUCAUCUCAAGUGGAAACUGUUUGAUAUAAGACUGGGAAACACUUCAGUGUGUUGUAAUUAUUAAAGUAAAAGUUUUGUUGUGUGUUACUGUGUGAGUAUCUGUGGUUUGGGUUGAGAAAUAUUACGAACAAUUCAGAACACUUUCAACUUGUGCCGUUUGUGCAUACUAGAAUGUUAAUUUUCAAUUUUUAUUAUGCUGGUUUAUGUAGUUCAUUUUAAUAGAAAGACAAAAUUACCAUAGUGCUAUGUGUACUUACUGAGAACUACCAUAGUGCUGUGUGUACUUACUGAAAACUACCAUAGUGCUGUGUGUACUUACUGAAAACUACCAUAGUGCUGUGUGUACUUACUGAAAACUACCAUAGUGCUGUGUGUACUUACUGAAAUCCAACCAUUCUUAAACAUUAUCCUAGAACUUCUUUCUGUGUUAAGGUUGAAUAAUUUUUCAAUAUUUCAUUGUUUUAUAAAGAACCUGCACUGUAAGGAAAGGAGCUGUAAAAAACAUGAUUUAUUUUAGAUAUAUGAGUUACAUGUAAGUUUGUCUAUUAGCAAGCUAGAGCUUCUUACUAGUUGGAAACCAAGAAUUACUUCUCAAUAUAUAAUUUACUGAGUGUAUUUAUGAAAGUGUUCAGUUUGUAACAGAACAAAAUUAUAGUUCGUGUUUUUAAGUUUUAGUCUCGAGAGAAGAUCUUGUAAAGUUUGAUAUAAAACUAGCAAGUGGUUUUUUGUUGAAGUUUAUUAGCUGGUAAUGAAAUCAUUUAAAUAUUUAAGGUUAUAACCUUCAUUAUCACUUAUAAAUAUUUCAUCAAAAAUUUUUAAUUGAAAAUAAUCCACAAACUAGUUUCAGCUCAUAACUCUAUCUGAGUAAAAGUUUUCAUUGUAAAGUAAGUAACUGUUUGUAACUAUUACAACUAUCGUUUUUAUUUGUGGUUAGUAGAUUUGUUUAAGCAUACCACAAUUUUAGUUCAAGAAGCACAGAAGUCAGGAUAAUUUACUCUUCCCCCCCCCCCAUCAGUUAUAAGGUAUUACUAAUAAACUUGAAACUGCACCCAUAUGAUAUUAUCAGGUAAGGAACACCAAGACAUAGUAAAGAUAUAGGUAUGUAAGUCAAUGUUAAAUGUAUCACUUACUGCUAGUAUUAAUAAAACUACUUGUUAUCCUUGUCC